UCUAUAAAUGAAGCUGUGGACUAAAGAUACCUUUCUAACAUUGUUAUUUUCAUUAUUUGUACUAUUGUGUUCAGCGCCAUCAGGUUGCCUGAAAAGUGUAACGGGUAUUUGAAAGUUUGUCCAAAUGCCCACUGAAAAAGUAAGAGAAAAAAUUGAUUAUGUCGUCAAACAGUUUUUGUGUAAUGUUCCAAUGCAAAGAUUUAUUUGGAAUAAUAUUUUCGAAGAUUUAACGCAAUAUGAAACUCAAGAAAUAUUAGCAAAUAGGACUGUAAAUUGCAGCUUAAUUUUAAAUUAUGAAAUUGAAAUAAACUAUCAGAAAUCAUUUUUAAAAUAUUUGAUCGAAAAGCUAGAGAAACAGGGUUCUCCAGUACACGACGAGCUAUAUUCGGCUUAUGGACGACUGGUGGCGCUACCUUCUAGAAAUGAAUAUUUCAAGCACUAUUCUAUAAAAAACAGCGAUAACAUUGUAAGUUUAAAAGAAAACAUUCAUCUGGUAACAGAUGGUACAACUGGUUUGAGAACUUGGCAGGCAGCACUUGCACUGUCAGAAUGGUCACUGUUAAAUGUAGAAGCCUUCACAGACAAAGCAGUCUUGGAACUGGGAUCUGGCGUAGGUCUAACCGGUCUGACAAUUGCUAUAGGGUGUUCACCAAGUUGCAUCUAUCUUACAGACUGUCACUCGUCCGUAUUAAAUACUUUAAGUGACAAUGUAAGACUAAAUAUGGAGAAAAUUGCAACAAAUAAUGAUAGCGAUAACAAAUCUGACGCAUCAGGCAAACUGAAGUUGCUCCAAGACAGGUGCCUCUAUCACAAUUUAGGAAAGUCAGAUGUUUUUGUACUGAGUCUACCUUGGGAAGAAGUUAAUAAAGAAAGCUGCAGGAAAUUAGGAACCAUUAACAAAGUAAUUGCAGCGGACGUGGUUUAUGACUCUGAACUUUUUAACCCAUUAAUUAGUGCAUUAAAGUGUCUUGUCAGCGUUUGUUCUGUAGACGAAUUUAUUUUUUCUUGCACGGAAAGGAAUAAAUCUACUUUAGAGGACUUCCUUGUCCGUGUUGGUGAAGCAUCCUUUGCCAUAGAAGAACUGCAAAUACCUCGUCAAAACAAUUUUAUAUGGCCUAAUGACACACGAAUUCGCUUGCUCCGUUUUACCGCAAAGUAAUUAUAAGGAACGACAUAGCUAUGGAUUUAUUUUUAAUAAAAAACACGUUUUCU